UUGUUUGUGAAGCUACUUCUACCCAGGUGCAAGUGUACCUUUAGCAUUUCAAUUGCAUAAUAUUGGUAACACUGCGCAAUAAUUUUGAAUUCAUUUCAACAAAGAGAUUUGAAGAAACACAUUAAUUUCUCAUUAUUAAAUCGACUAACAAGUAUAAAAUUUUCAAUUUUGCAAAGUAUUCUACUUCAUACAUUAAAAAAAUGCAACAACAACAAUCCAGUGACAUGAAAAAUGAGUUUGAAAUGUCAGAUAUUUAUCAUUUGGAAACAUUACUAAAAGCAAAUGCAGAAAAGUUACAAUGGAAAGCGGACGCCUUGGAUAGAUUGAAUAUUAACUUGAAUCAGAGUCGACAAUUGUUGUACAAAGAAAGAAUAGAAUUAGACAAUGAGCGUAGACAAGUUAGAGAACUGAAAUUGCAAUUAAAAAUUUCUUGUGAAAGAAUAGAGUUUCUGGAGAAAGAUAAGCAGAAUUAUCAAAAUGAAAAAAUUAAAUUGCAAGUCAACUGCGAUUCAGCUGUAAGAGAACGUGAUUCUCUUUUGCACCAAGCUCAAAGCGAUAAGGUGGAAAAUUUACAGCUGUUAAUUAAAAUUCAACAUUUAGAGGAAGAAAUCGUGAAAAAAGAUACUUUAACCGCUGCAAUCGAUUCAACUUUGGAGCAAUUAAGAAGUGAAAUGACACAAGUUGUUCAAAAUUUAAAUAGUGAUGUCUCGAAACUAAAACAAGAACACGAUUAUUUUCGACAAUCAUUAACUGCCAUCAAUAAACUUAAUCAACGUUUAUUAGUAACGGGAAUGUGUGCUCAUCAUCAUGAUCGUGAGCAGCUGGAAACAAUUCGAUAUUAUCAAAAUAAACUCAAUGAAAUUCCAAAAAACGAUGUCAAUCAAUUAAAUGAAAUGGAAAAUAUUGUUUUUCCCAAGAUUCAAUUAAAUUCAAGUGAAAUCAACAAUUCGGACAGUGACGAAGAUUUGGACAAACAAAUGGAAGCAUUUAUUCAGGAAUUACAAAAAUAAGGUUAUAGGACAGGAAUUAAUAUACACAAACAUUGAAGAUUAAUAUAUAAAAUGUAUUAUAAUUAUUUGUAAAUUUUCGAUUAAAUCGUCGAAACAAUUUUGUUUUAUCGGGUAUUCAUAAAAAAAGAUGUUGAUUAAUUGAUGCGCUUUCAAAUUAUUGUGAAACCCAAACAAUAAAUUGCUCCAACUUCUACCCAUCCCGAUGGAGCUCAAUACGAAGCCCAUGUCACGUUUUAAUUUUAAUUAAACUAGACCGCUUUCACGGUAUGAUUGCUUCGUUAUUGUGUAAAAAAAAUCGGCAUGCCUAAUAAUAAUAAUAAUAAUUAUUACAUUUCUUAUUUUCGAUCAAAAGAAGAUGGUAAUCUUCAUCAUCAUCAUCAUCAUCAUCACCACUGCUGAAUUAUAGUCUCAUUUUAAACAUCAUUAAUUUUUCCAUAUCAAUGUUCUUAAAAAAUAUAUAAAAACAAUUUAUUUAGCUUAAAAAACAUUUAUUACCAUUUAAUUAAAUUUGGAGAUUUAUAUUUUUUUAGACGUGUCAUUAUGUACAUUUUAAUUAUUUUUGAUCAUUAAUUUAUUUUAUUUAUUUACUCUAGAUGAUUGAAAUUAAUUGCAAAAUAUGAGAAAAUUGGAUUGUGUAGGGGGAAGGAGGGAUUUUUAAAUCUUAUAAGCUCGUGUGAAAUUGUUUUUUAAA